UCUUCUUCACCGCCGCCGCCGCCUCCGCUUCCACGCCGCUUCCCCUCCUCCUUCAGCCGCUCCGUUUCCUCCGCGACAGUGAUCCGAGAUCCUAGCGGCCGAGGACGGAGACCUUUCCCGGUGAGAGGGGACUACUUGAUCGCCUGGCUCCCCACCACCAGCCCCCCUCCUCCUCCCCCAUCUCCCUUCCAGUUUCCUCCAAUUCGCCUCUUUUUGCCCCUACUAUUUUCAACAGGGAUUGAGGAUUUUCUGUUGGUUUUCCCACGACCAUAUUCCGAAGAUCCGCGGCCAGUCCCGACGAGGCCGGGCUCCAAAAGUAGGGGGGAUGACUUUAGACUCUAUGAUGGCUUGCUGCCUGAGCGAAGAGGCGAAGGAGUCGAAACGGAUCAACGCCGAGAUCGACAAGCAACUUCGCCGAGACAAGCGAGACGCGAGGAGGGAAUUAAAGCUGCUCCUUCUCGGCACGGGAGAGAGUGGCAAGAGCACGUUUAUAAAACAAAUGCGUAUCAUCCAUGGCACUGGCUACACAGAUGAAGACAAGCGGGGCUUCACCAAGCUGGUCUACCAGAACAUCUUCACCUCUAUGCAGGCUAUGAUCCGUGCCACUGAGACACUGAAAAUUGGCUACAAGUACGAGCAGAACAAGGCCAAUGCCAUGCUGGUGAAGGAGGUGGAUAUUGAGAAGGUGGCGUCAUUUGACCAGCCCUACGUUAGUGCCAUUAAGAUGCUGUGGUCAGACCCAGGCAUUCAGGAAGCCUAUGACCGCCGCAGGGAGUACCAGCUUUCUGACUCCACCAAAUAUUACCUAACUGAUCUUGAGCGCGUCACAGCCUCAGGGUACGUCCCCACUCAGCAGGACGUCCUGCGGGUGCGUGUGCCCACCACGGGCAUCAUAGAGUACCCCUUUGACCUGGAGAAUGUCAUCUUCAGCUAUCUAUCCGAUCUGGAUCGUAUUGCUGAACCAUCCUAUCUACCCACCCAGCAGGAUGUGCUUAGGGUUCGAAUCCCAACCACAGGGAUCAUUGAGUACCCUUUCGACUUGCAAAGCAUCAUUUUCAGAAUGGUGGAUGUGGGGGGACAGAGGUCCGAGCGCAGGAAGUGGAUCCACUGUUUCGAGAAUGUGACGUCCAUCAUGUUUCUGGUGGCACUGAGCGAAUAUGACCAGGUUUUAGUCGAGUCUGACAAUGAGAAUCGUAUGGAGGAGAGUAAGGCCCUUUUCAGGACGAUAAUCACAUAUCCCUGGUUCCAGAACUCCUCGGUCAUCCUUUUCCUCAAUAAGAAAGACCUCUUGGAGGAGAAGAUCGCCUACUCUCACUUGGUCGACUACUUUCCGGAGUUUGAUGGUCCUCAGCGAGACGCACAGGCUGCAAGGGAGUUCAUCCUCAAGAUGUUUGUGGACCUGAACCCAGACAGCGACAAAAUCAUCUACUCGCACUUCACCUGUGCCACGGACACGGAGAACAUCCGCUUCGUCUUUGCCGCUGUGAAGGACACCAUCCUGCAGCUCAACCUGAAAGAGUACAACUUGGUGUGAGCCGCCGCCAGGCGCUAAACACACCCUUCAGCACAGAACAGGCACCUACAGAGUGUGCGCACACUUACACAUUUUCCACAUGGCUCAGAUACAUACACACUAAUAUAUACAUGUUCAACUACCCACGGCCCAUCCUGUUUUCCAACCUUAUGGGUUUUCUUCCCCUCUUUUCGUCCAUCUCUGCGAGGGUAUUACACGUUUCCUGCUUACACACUGGCCAUCUCCUGGUUUUGCCAAAGUCUGUCCACUUCUCUUGUUGGCAGCUCAAGUCAAAGGCCUCCAUCCCUUUCCUCGAGUUUGACCGUGAGGAUUUUUGACCUUUACAGAUUUGAUGAGGGGGGUGGGGUUAUAGGCUGUGACUUGUUUUGAUCAUUAUACAUUUUGAAAAAGUAAAAAAAAUAAAUGAAUAAACAUGAAGGGUUUUGAAGUGGCGGAAUUGGUCAGGCAGGGAUGGCUGUAGCAACAGCAUGGAUGCAGGUUGGCAGGUGCGUUUUAUGGACUAAACGCACAAAGAUACACCGACAUGGAAACUGGAAGUGAUGUCCCUCACCCUUUCCUUUUCAGUCACAUCCACCAAGCGCAUCUCAUGUGUUUUGCCUGGAUUGAUUGAUGCAUUUUUGAUUUUGACCAUCCUGCAAAAAAAGAAAAAAUAAAUAAAAUCACAUCAUAUUUACACACUUGUACAUGGACACAAGGACAAGUGCUGUGGUGCCAGAAGUAACGAAGGAUCCAUUAGAUCCCUCUAGAAUCAGGAGGAUUCCGGUGGAUUCUCAAAUCCGGGGGGUGGGGGGAGAUUCCAGCUGGGUUGCACUGGUGGUGUGAAGAAUUAUUCCUCACAAAGAUGAGGUGAUCUCACCGAGGCUAGUCUUCAACUUGCAUCGAUGAAUGUAAACUGAAGUGUGAGCAUCACAAUUGCAAAAAAAAGAAGAAGAAAAUGAACGAAAGCAGAAUGCACGUUCAAGUGAAAUGAUACAACGCACGAAAGAGUUGAAACAAAUCAAAUUAAUGUGUACAGUGCUGAGAUGAUCGAAAGAAAAAAGAAACUUUUAAUGAUAAGUAUGUAUACUUCUGUCGCUACCAGAUGAAUUAUAACAGCAACUGAAUCAAUGAUGGGUAUAAAAUCAGAAAUUUUAAAGAUUUAUCAGUGUGUAAAACAGAUAUUGACAGGAUUAUAUUCACACAGUAGGUAUUGUUUUGCAGAUUUCCACACGAGUUUUUAAGAUGGUUGCAUCGCUUCUUUCCCCAUUUAUGUUCUUAAGUGUUUUCCAUAGUGACUGCUUCCUCCCUCCUUGCCUUGUCCAACUUUUUUGCAUUAUUUAGCAUCAGUUGUCGGCUUAGUUCUGAUGUAAUGGUUACGUGGGCUCCUGCUGGUACCAUACUCCGUAUUUCCGCGAGUAUGCUCUUCACUUACAGAUACUUCAUCAAUUCAAUUGGUUGAAUUCUGGAUUAUCUGAUAUCACCAACUAGUGGCCCUGACGCACACAAUCUUUCGUUUGUUUACGUCUUUUUUUUAAAUUGCAGAGACAUCAUCUUAUUGAUUAAUAAGAGUUUGUGGAGACAUAGGUUAAUUUAGCUUUGGGUUGGGAGGUAGUGUUAAAGUGAAGGGGGGGCAGGAAGUCGUAAAUGCGCUGAAGUUAAUUGAUUGUGUAUAUUUAUAUUUGUAAAUACGUAUACACAUUAUUGCUUAUGUAA